AUGGCUGCAGAACUGGGACCGUGCCCGCCGCGCUUUGUCGAGCUGAAGAAGGAGAUCGCGGCGGCGUACCCCGACUUCGCGACGCGCGUCACGAAGGCGUGGGGUGAGAUUCUCCAGGAGGUGGAUAAGGCGACGAAGGAGAUCGCUAGCCAAGGCUCACAGAUUGUGCCCGAGGUCGGAUUUGCGGAGCUGGGCAGCCUCAGCGAGCAGCGCGUCGACGAGAUCAAGAGAAAGGGAUGCGUGGUCAUCCGCGACGUUGUGGACGACGCCGAGGCGAAGGAGUGGCAGGCGUGGCUGCGCGAAUAUGUUUCGAAGAACCCGGAUAUUGAAGGUUUCCCAGAGACCGACAAGCAGUUCUUCCAGCUUUACUGGACGAAGUCGCAGGUCCGCGCCCGCGCGCACCCGAACGUGCUCGAGACCACAAAGUGGCUGAACCAGAUGUACCACGUCCGGGGAGAGGAGAAGGUUUCGGAGGUAGACCUGACGACCCCGCUCAGCUACGCGGACCGUUUCCGCAUCCGCCAUCCCGGCGUGCAGUGGGAUGCGCACCCCCCGCACAUCGACGGCGGUAGCAUCGAGCGCUGGGAGGACCAAGUCUUCCGCGGGUGCUUCACAGAGAUCCUGAGCGGCGACUGGCGCGCGCACGACCCGUACGACCUGCGGAACCGCGUGAACGCGCGGAGCUCUUUGUACAAACGCCCGAACCAGUCGACGGUGUUCCGGACGUACCAGGGCUGGCUCGCGCUGAGCGAGACAGGCCCGAACGAGGGCACGCUACAGGUGUUCCCGAACGUGCUGCUCUCGAACGCGUACAUCGUGCUCCGCCCGUUCUUCACGCCGAAGGAGGGGAAGAGCGCGGAGUCAUUCGACCCGCAGGACUGGCAGUUUGAUAUUUCCAACCCGGACUUCCCGGGCAUUUACUCGCUCGGCGAGGCGUUCACGGGACCCCGGCCGAACACGAAGACGCACCCGCACCUCCGGCUGGAUGAGACGAUGGUCUCCGUGCCCAAGGUGUACCCAGGCGACAUGGUGUUCUGGCACUGCGAUGUUGUCCAUGCGGUGGAGAAGAAGCACAUCGGGAAGGAGGACUCGACAGUGAUGUACAUCCCCGCCGUGCCCUAUACGCCCGCCAACGCGGCAUACGUAGAGCGACAGAGGGAGAGCUUCCUGCAAGGUCUAUCGCCUCCGGACUUCCCGGUCACGAAAGGCGAAGCACACUGCGCUGGAGUUGGGAAGGCAGACGACAUCGAGAACCCCGUCGCGAAGCGCGCUAUGGGUUUCACGAUAGCAGUGGCGUGA